CGUCGAGGUUGUGGCCCGAGGAGGCGUGGUACUCAGAGGGUGGUGAGAUGGUGAACACGGGUAUGCAGUUGAUCAGCUUCACCUGCGCUGUGACGGGUUGGGUGAUGGCUAUAGCAGUGACCGCGCUUCCCCAGUGGAAGGUCACGGCCUUCAUAGGCAGCAACAUCCUGACCUCUGAGAUUGUUUGGCAGGGGAUCUGGAUGAACUGCAUCUAUCAGACCACCGGCCACAUGCAGUGCAAGACCUACGACUCCAUGCUGGCUCUGCCGCCCGACAUCCAGGCGGCGCGGGCGCUGAUGUGCAUCGCUAUCUUCUUGGGCUGGUUGUCCUGCACCGUCUCUUGCUGUGGAAUGAAGUGCACCACCUGCGCCGGAGACGAUCGCCAUGCCAAGGCUGGCAUAGCGCUGUCCGGUGGGGUGCUCUUCAUCCUGACGGGCCUGUGCGUCCUAGUGCCGGUUUCCUGGACAGCAAACACUGUGGUGCAGGACUUCUACAACCCCAACGUUCCCCUCCAGCACAAGCGAGAGCUGGGUCAGGCUAUUUACCUGGGAUGGGCGGCAGCUGUGAUUCUUAUGAUCAGCGGGGCGGUGUUGAGCAGCACCUGCCCGCACAUGGAGAGAGGAGCGUACAGACGUGGGUACAUAGGCCGUAGCUUUGCUAACUCCAGGCCUUCUGCUCCAGAUCCGCCCAAGCCGAUCACCAGCAGCACCCUUCCUCUUAAGGAGUAUGUAUGAUCGAGACAAGUGAACAGGGACAAUAAUUAAAGGUGCACUCAGUAUUUUUUUUGUUUCAAUGGAUGGAUGCAUUUUGUGGCAUUUGAAGUCCUAUCGUUUAUUUCUUUGCUGUUGACUCUUUCGUUGUGUUGUCUUUAAUAUGCAUAUUGUUGGGUUUGCUUUUGUUUAGAUGCACUUUUAUGUUUAGGUUUGUAAAGCUUUAUAUUAAAAGUGUAAUUUCUGUAUCACCAUCGGCACAAAAAUGCAAUUGAAAUCCACUUUUUUUUGUUCUUUGUUCUUCAAUGCACCCUCGAUCAACCCAUGCUGCGAGUUUGGAGUGGGACUAUCUGUUUGUCUGAGCAAUGGUAAACGAGUGUGUUUGAAAAUAAUCUUUGCAAUUCUGUUUGGUGAC